GAUGAUACAUCCGUGUGCCCUCUGUCUCAUGUGUGCAAGGAGGCCCCCGUUCUGCAUCUUUGGGCUACCUAUAUGUAUAUCGUUCUUGCGGCUUCCCGAAUUCAGAGCCUAGGUGGAUUCUCUCCCCCUUUCCUCUUCCUAGCCUUCUACACCACUCUACCUGAUCGUGGUCAGCUCCCACCAUGUCCCUUGAGAUGGACUACACCGGUAAUCUUAUUGAUGAAGAACUCUCCCUUGGUGCGUCUAGCUACUUGCUUCCCAUGUCUUUCCAGGGUCCAUCGUCCCCGCCAUAUGGCCCUCAUGCCCCGUUUCCUGAGGUGCUAUCGGCCGACUUCAGCGCUCAAUUUCUUGCCCAUGCAAACUUUGCCCAUGGAGACCCAAUCACUCCCGAGAAUUCCCCCUUUCUAGAUCCAGCCCCAAUGCCACCCGAUGCCUGGUUCGACAGCUAUCAAUAUCUCCUUCCGGGUUCUCUUCCAUGUGAUGAUGACCUGUUUCAGGGCAACCCUGACCUCGCAUCAUUCUCCGAGCACGCGGGAUUCCCGCCAUUCCCUAGCGACAUGGAACUCUUGGAUUUGCCUCUGGACUUCCAGCUCUCAUUAGACGAGACAUUCUCUCCGGAUGUGUCCAUGGACCCGCCUUUCUUCGACGCCGGAAAGAUUACUGGCGAUCCAUGGCCCUAUUUGUUCACUGCAGAUGACCUACCAGACCUCCCCGAGCCACCCACGUUCGGCUGGGACUGCCAAACUGGCGGGGUGUCCGUCUCGGAGCAAAGUCAAGAGAAUGCGUCCCUGGGUCAUGCUAUAAGUCCUACGCUCGCCCAGAUACCCGAACUGUCAGAGGAUGACGCUGAAGAUCAACAAUUGCUGGAGCUGGGGGAGGUUAAGACCGUAAAUGUCGCUGCUUGGCGGUUCAAGUGUGGCAUUGGGAAAUGCUCAUCCAAAUUCCAUAAGAUAGCACACCUACGACGCCACUGGGCUGUGAUGCACUCGUCGCCCCCAGAAACGGAGGAGCCUCCAAGCAACCUUCCCAACCAGCCGCACCAAUGUCCAUGCUGCGAAAUAGCCAUCACGCGCCUGAGCGACUUCAGGGCGCACCUCGCGGCCCACGCCGCGGCCGACGGCACCAGCCGGAGGAAGGUCGCCUAUCACCCGGACGCGGCCCAGGCCUUGCUGGACACGCGGAAGCGCUCCCGGAAGAUAGUCCGGACAUCGGAAACGUACCGGUCGGUCUUUCAUUUUGGCCCCAUCACUGUGCACGGAUAGGCGGCUGUUGACUGCCGUUCUACGUCUCCUUUGAGGCAGGAUAGGCCAAUGUUUCUCUUCUUCACUGUGAGGUUCCUGAUUCUCUAGGCUGUAAGUCAAGGCGUACUCUAGGGCGAGCUCUCGGACCGGUGAGAGCGCUUAAUCGUGGAGGGCAACGUUGAUGGCAAUUUAUAGGCGCCGGCGGAGGAUUACUUCCAGUCUAUAGCAGGUUAUUUAUCUUGGUUCCAAAAGCUGGAUGCUCUCCUUUA